AUGUCUUCCCCAGCCGUCUACGUUUCAGACAAUGAAGAUGACAGCCAAGAAAUCCCUGUUCCCAGAGGGGACGAAGUCUUCACCCAGACAGGAGAUAAAUUCGGUCCGCAUUUCAGGUCUCAAUCGACCCAUGCUUCCCUUGGCGCUCUUCGUCGCGUUUGUAACAUUCCUCAGGAAAUAGAAUUUUCUCUUCCUAGACCCAACGAGUCUCCGGAAAUGGUGCGAGAGGGGAUUGCUUUUCCCCAAAUGGCUCCCAACUUCCUCCGGUACGUUCUGAGCACCCUGACCGUCUCGGCGGAGGCAGGGUUUUCUCUCACCACCAGCAAACUCUUAGGGCUAUUUCGAGCCCGUGAUUCUGCGGCAGCGGGGAACCAGACGAUCCCCCGCCCAACUGUUGACUUCUUAUCUUUCUUUCGAAUCGUUUCUGAGGGUGAAACAAAUUGGAAUUCCUUCACCCUUCAACGUAUUCAUAAAGCGGGGCUCGCUAUCAAAGAUGGUCAAAUUCACCCCCUCGAUCCUCCUACUGAAGAAAAAGACGCCUCGAGCCUGAAUGCUCGGGAUAAGCGAAAAAUGCUCGCCGAGACUAAAGCUCUUAAGGAUCAGUUAUCCGAAAUUGGGAAAAAGAAGCGGAUAGCUGCAAUCUCCAGGGUUGGUAACUUCCACAGGAAGACCCUCUUGGUUUAUGAUGGUUCUUUAGAAGCGGCUUUGUCUUCUGCGGUGGAUUCUCAUGGAGCCGAUAUUCCUAACGACCCUCCAGUUGCCACCGCUAUUUGCCCUUCCGCACAAGAGGGAGAGAGAGAAGUAACUUCUUCUCCUUGUACAAAGAGGAAGGCUCCAGACUCGGAUACUUUAUCAAACGAGAGACUCAAAACAGUGAGAUUAAGUUCUCUGCCACGAGUCCCAAGCCCUCUGCAUUCUGUUUUUCCCUCUUCGAUACUUUUAGAUUCUGAGCUCCCUCUUCCGGGAGACAGAGAAAUUCCAGAAGAAAUUGAUGAGCCGAGACCGGAGGCUCCCUUGUCUCAAGGACUGAGUGUUAGGACUCAAAAUCCUUUACCCGCUUCGAUUUCAGAGAUUGGAGACAUCUUCCAAAGUUUUCAGACAAGGGAAGGGGCAUCCCUUCCCCCUUUUUCGGUUUGGAGGCCGGAAGUCCGUCAGAUGUACGUCAACCGAGCAUGCUACCUAUCCCAGGCGUUUAUGGAGACUAAUGGAAUGAUCUUCCAUUAUGAGAACCUCCUUCACCAAGCGAUGAGAAAGGCCGCAAAGGCUAAGAAGGAGGUUGAUGAACUUAGAUCAGUCAAUCAUUCUGAGCGACUCGAGCAGGCGAAAGCCCUCGAGUCAUCUUUUGAGAAUAUGAAGAAAACUCUAGCAGCUGACGAGCAACGUAUCAGAAUUGCGAACGCUGAAAGAGAUUCUGCGAGGUCUAAUGCUCUUCGCUUGGAGGCUGAGCUAGAAGAGACUACGGCUUUGUUCGAAGAAGCGAAUCAAAAGAUCGAGCUUUUAACUAGGAAUAGGGCUCGCGAUAUCGCUGAAGCCGAACAUAACGUUCGAGAAGAGAUGAGGGGAUUUGGUAGGCAACUUAUUCAAUCUGUUACGAAGUUCACCAAAGACGAAGAGGUCUGGACUAAACUUCUAACCGAUCGAGCCGAGCUGAAGAGCAAUCUAGACCUGAUUGAGGAACUAGAGAAUGGAAGAGUUUCGUUCGAGAGCGAGAGGAGAGAAGUUGCUGCCGAACUCGCUGCGGUUGAAUUCAAGCUAUCCUCGGCUUCCCGUCCUACUCUCGAUCUGAAACAAUUUUUUUUGGUAUUUGGAGAUUCCCCCUCUCAAUUCGAGGUAGGUGAAGGUUCUCGCCCAUACGAGGGUUCUCCUGAGGCAGAGGAACGCUCUUAA